CUGUGCCAGAUGUGCGCGCUCUUAAAACGCCGACUCCGGGUCUGCAGGCAAGCGCUCGGUCUUUCUCCAAACUCAGCUCUUUGGUGACCUGCGGAGAGGAGAAGAAGGUGUGGUAGAGAGUCGCUUAUCGUGCUAUGCCUACCCUCAACCGGGGGGAGAGUUCGGUUGGAGGGGAGGGCGGACAAGGAGAGGACGAAGCAGCAGAAGACGACGGCGAAGAAAAAGAAGAAUCGAAAGGUGGAAGGAGAAGCCGAUGUGGACGCGCUAUGGAGAUGACGGCCCGCAACCUGUACGCUGACUAUAAACAGGACAACAAAAAUUACGAUGGGCUGCUUAAUAGUAACGGUGGCGAUAUGACGGAGAUUAGAGUGCCCUUGUCUCAACCAGGAAAGAGAAUAACUCCCAUUGAAGGAGAUAAUUUGUACAGACUACGGGACAGAAAGUUUUUACUGGAGGACAAAAAGCGUCUAUGUGCAUGGGCACUGAGCACUGCGAUCCUGGGAAUCCUGCUUAUGAUACUGCACGCCGAGCUUUGCCCUGUCAUAUACCGACCGACCUCAAUCUAUGCCUUUAUCAUCAACGGCUUGAUCAGCUUGUCCACCGGCUGCCUGCUGAUUCUCAUUGUGGCCUUCCACAUUAAGGACAUCAGGCUAUUUACGAUUGACCACAACCAGGUGGACUGGCGAAUCGCCAUGACGACUCAGCGAGUGCUGGGCAUCUCCUUGGAGCUGGUGGUAUGUGCUAUCCACCCUGUUGCCACCUACUGGCUGUCCAGCGUGGAUGCCUCCAUGAAAGCCAUCGAUGAGAAUGGAGGAAGUCAUCAAGGGACAAGCAGCAACUUCUCCUCUCGUCUUUGCUCUUCAGCACAGCACAAAGGAGCUCUGUUGGACUCAGAGGUGCUGAUGUCAUCCCUGAUGUUCCUACGGCUGUACCUGGUGCACAGGGCCAUCCUGCUGCACAGCAAGGUGCUCUUAAGCGCCUCCUACAGGAGCAUCGGCUCGCUGAACAACAUCAACUUCACCUUCCGCUUUGUACUCAAGGUGCUCAUGAACAAAUACCCAGGGCGAACGCUGCUCUUUUUCAUCCUGUUUUUCUGGCUGACGGCGUCCUGGCUGCUCACACUUUGCGAGAGGCAGAUCCAGGCGCCCACUGGCAGCAUGGACACUGCCCUCUGGCUCAUCGCUAUCACGUUCCUCACCGUGGGGUACGGAGAUGUUUCCCCACAGACCACCUGUGGGAAAAUGGUGUGCCUUUUCGCCGGAGUCAUGGGAGUGGCCUGUACUGCCAUGCUGGUGGCUGUCAUGACCAAAAAGCUGGCGCUGAACAAAGGCGAAAAGCAUGUGCAUUACUUUAUGAUGGAUAUUCAGAUCUCCAAACGGAUUCGACACGCGGCUGCCAACGUGCUGCGGGAGUGCUGGCUGCUGCAUCGUGCUGACAGCCGCAGGAAGGCUAGCGGCGAGCGCCGCCAGCAACAGCGCCAUCUGCUGGAGGCCAUCCGAUUAUUUCGAUACUUACGACUGAAACAGAGAAAACUGAGGGACAAUGCUAAUGAAAUGGUGGACCUUCCCAAGAUGCAGAUGAUUAUGUGUGACCUGAGUGCCAACUGGAACAAUUCAUACAGAGAACUGGAGCAGCGCAUCAUCUCUAUGGAGCGCAAACUGGAUGAGCUAGGCCGCAGCUUCCAUCGGCCGUCUGAGUGCCACAGUGACACAGACAACAGGUGACUUGUACCUUAAAAGGCUACAAAGACUGUGGACGCGCUUCAUGUGAACAUUGUCUCAGUAAUGCAUGGAGUUGCUUGCAAAGUGCAUUUAGCACACCAUGCCCUGUGGGAGGACGUGGAUGACAGCAAUGCAUCGUCUCCAGUGCAAAUGGCUAAUGCAGUAGGUGCACAUGCAGUUACCAAACACAGAAAGGCGACAUAUUUCCAUGAACAUGGACUAACAAAAUAUUUAUCAGCUUUAUUUAUAGGUAUGUUAAAUGUACUGCUACUCGCCACAGCUGGCUGCAUUUUCUGCGAACAGCUCAAUUUAAUGCUUGAACACAAUCAUGUGUGUACUCCGGACUCUUGCUAUGAUUUCUCUCAGGGGUCAAAGGUUAUAAGAACAGUGUGCAAUUUAGAGAAGAAACCUAUCGGAUUGUUCCUUCAUCCUGUCAGAUCAUGGUGGAGAUACAUUUCCUUAACAAAAUGCUUUGGCAAAUGCAUUUACAUAAAACAACUAUGUCUUACAAAUUAUACAAUAUAAGUGUAUGCAGGCUAUACACUUAGUGAUGUAUAAAAAUUAUUUAUAAUUUUUUAAUCACAUAAAAACAAGCCAUAAAAACAAGCUUGCAGCAUUGUGUAAAUUGCUUCCCGCAGUGCAACACACUUCCUCUAAGACAUGAAUGUGAUUUUUCUUCAAGCUGGAGAUGCAGCACCCUAACGGCAGGUGGAAUAAUAGCUCCCCCUUGUGGAGAAACCGAAAUAAUACUUACAGAACUCAAUCUUUCAGUUUUGCGUCGUAUAACCUCGUUCAUCUAAGUUUUGAUACAACUUGUGGCAGUAAAAUGCAAUUUACCCGGAUUACAUUUAAAAGUUUUCAUACCAUUUAAUGUUCUUUUCUCAAAUAAAUUUAACAGUUUACAAUUAAUUGGUCCAAGAACAUCUGUUGAAUAUCAGUCUUUGUAGGGCGUUUUGUUUGUUUUUUCGUCUUUUUUAAUUGAAGAUGUUGCCAAUGGACGUCCUUUAGAUUAAAACGAUGGUUAAUCAAAUAUCGCAUUCAAAUCAACAUGGGACUGUUUGUUUGACUGCAUAGCAAAUUCAUUUACAGUUGCCUUGACCUUUCUUAACAAAAACUGGAGUGCAGCAAGGACAUUGUUAGCUUUGGCUAUGUGCCAUUUGUACAAAUAUACACGUAGAUCAUGUAUAUAUGGGGAUAUAUGCAUGUAUUCUGUUGGGGUAGGUGAUCCUGCAAAGCUGCAAUAAAAACGUUUACAGCAUAA